AUGGCCAACUCCAACGGCGAAGGCGCUCCUGUAGGACCGCCGGAGCUCGAUGUCAAGCCACCAGAGAACCUAGUCAUCCCCCCGCCCAACGUGCGCGAGACGAUCGCAAAGACGGCUGAUUUCGUUGCCCGCCGAGGCGAAUCACAUUUCAAUGGACUGAAGCAGCGCGUCACGUCUGACCCUUCAGCUGCGAACAACCGUAACUUUGUAUUCGUUUUGGAGGAGGACCCCUACAAUGCCUACUUCCUGUGGUAUCUUCAGCAACUCAAGGAGGGUCAUGGGCGAUCAGCUGGAAGUGCUAAGCAAGUGGUUGACAACAAACCCAAGGGUCCUCCAGAACCGCCCAAGUUCCGCUUUUCCGCGCGCAUGCCGAACAUCAGCGCAAAGGAUUUGGAGGUGUUGAAGCUCACUGCUCUGUACACGGCGCGCGUGGGUGAGAACUGGUUGAAGGACUUGCGCAACCGUGAGUCUGGCAACUUUCAGUUUGAUUUUCUCCGACCAAAUCACAGCUUCUUCCAGUUCUUCCGAUCGCUCGUUGAACAAUACAAGAUCCUGCUUGAGGAAGAAGCCACAGUCGAGGCACGCAUCGAGGAGUUGCAGCAGAACAUUAAGAACCGAUUCCAUGUAUUAGAUCGCGCCAAGGGACGCGCCGAGUACGUCAAAUAUGUGACUGCACAGAAAGAGAAAGAGGAGAAGAAGGUGGAGGCCGAGAAGCAAGAGUAUGCGACGGUCGACUGGCACGACUUCACAGUCAUCGCGACUGUGCUCUUUGAUGAAGCUGAUGAUGCAGCGGAUUUGCCUCCUCCCGCACAGCUGAAUGAUCUACAAUCGCAGUCGCUCGAACAGAAGGCUGCGGUCUCGCUAUCAACAAGGCGUCUCGAAGAAGCCAUGCCCGACGAGAUGACGUACUACAACGUCUCACAGCAGCAGGUACCACCGCCUCAGAUGCCGCCAAACUACGCCCCUGCGGCACCACCUGUGCAGCCACCGUAUGGCGUACCGUCCUACGCGCCUCCCCCUAUGCCCGACUACCGGACGCCGGCACAAAUAUCGCGCGAGGAAGAGCAAGCUCGGCAGGCAAGGGAGCGUCAAGCGGAGAACGAGCAGCGCGCACGCGCUCAGGCUGCUGCCAGAGGAGCACCUGGUCGCAUUGUCACAGACUACGUUCCCCGCGCUGCCGCAAAGAAGGCAAACGUUCCGAUGGCCGUAUGCCCUAACUGCAAGCAGCAAAUCCCCUCGAACGAGAUGGACGAGCACAUUCGCAUCGAAUUGCUCGAUCCACGCUGGAAGGAACAGCGCGACAAGGCGGAAGCCCGGUACUCUACCACGAUCAACACCGCCGACGUUGCAAACAACCUUAAACGUUUCGCUAGUCAGCGCGAAGACAUCUACGAUGGUGCUACAGGAUUACCCAUAUCUGCAGAGGAAGAAGCUCGGAGGAAGAAAGCUGCACUGUCGUACGACGGCCAGCCUGAUCCUGCCAAGGACGCUGCACGUCUUUCGCAAAUGCAAAGCAUGAAUGUUCAGGAGCAGCUUCGCAGGAUUCAAGAGAAGCAUCGCCAAUAG